CACAGGCACAGUGAUCUUCCGGCGUGUCUUUGCUAUUCGAUGCUUAGUGUUCCACAGAUUGAGAUUCUGGACGCGUUGCUUGGUACAUAAAGGCUUGAUCCGGCCAAGACAAGCAAAGAUUGGUGGAAAGCAACGGCAUCUGUAACUACACCAUGACCUCAACCGUCCCGGAUGAGACUAUAGAAGCGCCCACGACGACGACGACGGCGAAUUUGCCUGCAUCAAUAUCAAAACUUCCAAUUGUAUGUUUAGCGCAUGGCAUGCGUCACAAAGCUAACGCUUAUGAAUUGAAAAAUUGGGUCGCGUUGGCGUUGACGUUAGACGGAAGGGAUAAGCUCACAAAAAUUUUACAGUAUGUUGCUCGUUUGCUUUCUUGGUGGUUUGCGGGCCGGGGAAGAAUCAACCAAGCGCAGCGGUUUGCGUCUCUAAAAAACAGCCUCACAACGAGUCGUAAAGCGUUUCGCAUGGGACGAAGCGUCAUCGAGUUUCAUCGCCUCCGGAAAAUGGGGAUUUUGGAAGCACUCGGCUAUUACUUACAACAGAAUUUGGAUAGGAAACCAAGAGACGAACCGGCUGGAAAAUGUCUUGAUACAGGCGGAUACGGUAAAAAUCAACAAUCGCUGGUCCCUCUUCUGAAUGGUUUAGCAUACCGAUUGCAACAGAAGAUGGCGACAACUUUUUUGCUUACUGAACCCAAACUCCCCGACACACCACUGUGGGCAUUGUUAGGAACAGCUCUGAAAACCCUCGGUUUAAUGGGCUUCUGGGCAGCAGACAAUAUUUCCUUUCUCAUAGCCUCCGGCACUUUCGACAACUACCGACUAGGAUCUCGAGAACGCUUGGAACGACGGAAUAGAUACGCUAGACGAGCAAGUGCAGUAGCGAAUCGAGCUUAUUUCGGAGGAGCGGUCGCCGGCUUAAUUGUUAAUGUUCGAGGAUACCUUGAUCAACGGCAGACAACCCUCCACUUCUUACAGCAACGCCGAGAGCAAACCCAGACAGCGGAUGAAAUAGAUUUUACUAAAAAGGGUCUGGAGAAGGCCAGAGAGAAGCACUUUGAUUCGUUUGUGGCCCUCACCAAGAGCGUAUGUGACGUUUUGGUCUUCAGUAACAAUCCCGGUAUCGAUCUCUGGCAACAGCAGAUCGGACACAAGAUGCACGAAGGCUUCCAUUGCCUAUUUGGCUUGAUCUCUGCUUCCGCUGUCCUUUACAAUAAUUAUCCGGCUGCUUGUUGACAUGCAGAAACCGUACUAUUGUGUAUUGUAAUCGUUGAAGCGUUUAGAGCGCAUACAAAAUCAUUCCUGGUCGUCCAAACUCUCAAACAAGGGCUGCAAGUACUCGACUCCACAUGGGUCAUCCCGCAUCUUGUACGCAGGAUCAUCUUUUGGGAAGUCUUUGAAACCAUUAGCCAUGGUGAAUGCCUCGCUCUGGAUUGCUUCUAGAGCCAUCAAUUCCCCAAAUUUGACAUGCGCCACCAUCCAGAGGCGUUUACCGAAGUUUUCAACACGAAGAUUCUCUUGAAUGUUUUUGUGGCCAUCGGCAGAUCCCCGAAUACGUUGAGUGGCCGUCAACGCCAUGCGAGCAACGCAGAACCUUGUGCGAAAUUCAAGGGCUUCGUUGGAUUCCGGCAGAACAUAGCUUGCAUUGCCAAUAUGAGCCUCUAGUUGAUCCGCCGCGGUGCCAUUGUAGUCGGUAUGCGUCAUGACGAUCAAACGACACGUCGAAAAGAUUAAACGGGUGUCCAUUUUCACGGUACGUGGGUUCAUCGUUGGGAUCUUGCUAGUAAUGGGCUGAUCCGAAUUUCGAGCAGGCUCAGACAGCGGACUCGGAGGCUGGACGAAAACAUUCCAACGUUCAGGAACCUUCAACAAAUUCAUCAUUAGCCUAAGCUUGCGUUGCUUGAACGCCCAAGCUUCCUGUUGAUUCUGAUCGACGCAGGACUGGUAUCCAUCGUCAUACUGCAAAUAGUGAAGCGCCUGGAUGCCACGUGGUGUAUCGUUACCGUUCGCACUCAACGGGCUGUGGAAGAUGGCAAUACUGCCUUGGAUGUAUCCACUGCCAUCGCCAUUUAUAAAGCCGUAUUUGGCAAACAAAUGUGAGUCGGUGUGUUUUCCGUAAGAAUCCAUGAUCUCGGUUCCCACAGGAAUCGUCUUUAAUGCGCGUACUUCGAAAACCCGGGCCUCUGUAUUGUACGUAAAGCCUACGUUAGGACGGGCAUGGUGGUUGUAAAGAUCCAGAAUCGGAACCAUUGCAUGCGAGCCCUUGGAGAGGUCGAUGCCGUGUUGCGCGUACAUUUUGAGUUCCGAAUCAAGAGACUGAUUCGGUGCCGCUUCGUUCGCUGGGAGAGGUCCAGUGCCGAAGCUACGAGUCCAAACAUUCAAACGGGCAGUCUUAUAGGCUUCGCGAGACACUCCCUCUGUGAAGUCGACCGAAACCUCCUUAAAAGCCUCAUAUUCCGAUUCCAUUUGGUUCUGCAUCGAUUUAAUAGUGUCGUAAGCUGAUGUAGCCGUUAGCGCUAAUUCCAGCUCUUUCUGGGACCAGAGAAGAGGAUGGAACUCGGCAAAAUCACUGUAUUUCGGCAGCACGUUAAUGUAGUCGCGGUAGUGCUCCAUUGCUUCUACAUCAUCCGUGUUGUUCUUUCGAAUUUGUCCCUGGAUUUGAGCCAAACGAGCAGCUAAAACAGCACCGGCAUCGAUGAACUCUGGGCUCGUCUUUGUUUUUGCUUUCAAAAGCUGGAGCCCUAGAUUGCUGCGCAAGGCAUCCAAAUCCCAAAGUUGCUUGUCUCGUGGAAUUGUCACAAGCAUGGUACCUUUACGAAUAUCGUGGGAUGCUUGGUGAGUUCUGCGGGUAGCCGCAAGAACGGGAUUGCAACCUGCCUUCGUGUCCGACGAUGUAUCCAAUUCUCCGCAGAUCGAUCUCAAAAGCGAAAUCACCGUCUCGUCUACCCAAUCUUUCGCGAUGUGAUUCCAAAAUAGUGCUGUCGCCAUUGCAAGAAACAACACCAAGGUAGCUUGCCAAGUAGAUUCAGACACGCCGGUUAGACCAAACCACGAUCUUCUUCUUUCUCUUCAGCUUCUUCUUGAUGUCUGAAGCAUCGACUCCUUUGCUCUCUCCUUUGAGUCGGGAAACGGCCAUCGUUACCAAAUCUAUUUGGGUAUUUUCCGUGAAGAGUCUGGUCCCCCAAAAGGAUCGCCCCAGAAAUUUAUGGUUGACUAGUUUACUGCGAUCCCCUCUUGACAUAUUUG